AAAUUUUAAUUUGUUGCAUUAUACGAGGAUUGUUUUCUAUUUCUGACAAACAAUGAUCGACAAUUGUCGACUUCUUAUUUGCUGCCUAAAUAUUUGUCUAUUCUCACUUUGUCACCACUUUCUUUUCUCUUUUUCUAUAAAGGCCAAGAAAUACUAGGCACGUUCCAUCCAUGCACACUCUAUUGCUUAAAAACUGUUUUAUCCACAUGGCCCCCCUGUCUUGACCUUUAUUUUUCUUCUUCUUUAUUACACCAUUAAAUCAUUCACCGUACGCGCAUCAACUUCUGUGAAGUUUUGAGAUCCAAAAGCCUCCACCUCCACAUCCUCUCAUAAGAAACCACACACACACACAAACAAAAACAAAUAAUCUCCUCUGUCGGUGUUUCUUCUUCUUAUUCUCUUUUCCUUCUUCUUUGUCUGAUUGUCUCCAUGAAUUUCAGAAAACAACUAAGUACAGCAAUUUCAAUUCCAUAGACACUGAAGAUGAAGAAAAACCCAAAAAUCAAAGAAACCCACUUCAAGUACUAUACUCCCAUAUUCGCUCUAGCUUCACUUUCUGUCUGGUCUAUUUUGCUCUUCUGUUGUUUCUCUCCCAAAAACAAUGAUGAUCAUCAAACACCACCAAAACCAACAUUAGUCCCCACGUGCAGGUCACGUGUGUCAGUCUAUGUCUACGACUUGCCGGCGGAGUUCAACUUUGGCCUUCUCAAAGACUGCCACCACUUGAAUGUCUACACCGACAUGUGCCCACACGUCGCCAAUUCCGGCCUCGGACAGCCACUCCAAGACAUGGAAGACGAAUCCGCCGCCACCGCCACUUGGUUCGCCACUCACCAGUUCAUAGCCGAGAUGAUCUUCCACGCGCGUGUGCUCAACCACCCGUGUCGUACGCGUGAUCCCUCACGAGCCAGUUUAUUCUACGUUCCAUUCUACGGUGGGCUCCACGCGUCGAGCAUGUUCCGCGAGCCGAAUCACGCGUUACGCGACGACUUAGCCGUUCGUCUGGUUGACUAUCUUCAAUCAAUAACGUGGUGGCACAGGAAUCACGGAAGGGAUCAUUUUAUAACUCUGGGACGAACCGCGUGGGAUUUCAUGAGAGAAGAUGGUGGGCCCGACUUUGGAGCCAACCGUCUCUUAAAUCUGCCACCUGUAAAAAACAUGUCGGUGCUAACCGUGGAAAGGCAGCCGUGGCAAGGCCACAACCAACACGGCAUCCCUUACCCCUCCUACUUCCACCCAAUGACGUCCCAAUCCAUGUUGACGUGGCAAGAAAAGAUAGCCCACUCACAACGGCCCCACUUGUUUUCCUUCAUCGGGGGCCCACGUAAGGGUGUGGAAAAAGCAGCAAUAAGAGACGAAUUAAUCAAUCAGUGCAGCCGCUCAAGGAAAUGCAAGCUACUGAAAUGUGAAAACAAUGGAAGAAACAACUGUCACGAACCGAAACGAGUACUGGAGAUAAUGAUGAAGUCGGAGUUUUGUCUACAAGCGCCGGGGGACUCGUUCACGCGGCGGUCGACGUUCGACGCGGUGCUUGCGGGGUGUGUGCCGGUGUUUUUUUCGGCGCACACGGCGUAUAGUCAGUACAAGUGGUAUUUACCAGAGGAGUAUAAGGAGUAUUCGGUGUUUAUAGAUGUUGAGAAGGGGAAUGUGAGCGUGGAGGAGGAGCUUAUGAAGAUUGGGAAGGAGAGAUUGGAGAAGAUGAGGAAAAGAGUGAUUGAUUUGAUUCCGAGAGUGACUUAUGUUCAUCCCAAUGCGAGUGACCUUGGGUUUGAAGAUGCAGUUGAUGUUGCACUUAAGGCAUUGUCCAUGCAUGUGCAGUCGUCUAAGUCCCAGUCUCCUAGACAUUAAUAUAACGUACGUACAGCUAAGCUUUCUUUUAUUGUUUCUGUUUUCUUUCCUUGCUUUGUUAAUAAAGAGGGCAAAAGCUAGACAGGGUAAGGAGAAUGGAAGUAGAGAUAAUAAAACGUUGAAUACUUGUAUCUCAUAACAAUGUAUCAGUGGACAGAUGUUUAUUCAACAAUCUUCUGCAUGUGACCGUCAGAUCAUGUAUUCAACUAUUGAAUCUUAAAAAAAACAUGUUACACACUUUACAUCUAA